AUGCGGCAAGAAGCAGUACCUAUAGAUCAACAACUUGAUACAUUAUUACAGCAACAAAUUGCCAAAAAUCGGGAGAUUCUCUCGUCAUUAUUUAAAACUGUCAUAUUUUGUGGUCGCAACAACAUUUUACGCGGCCGAAGAGACAAUGACCCGACUGAUGAGACUCUACAAGCCAAUUUUCAAGCGUUGCUCCAUUUUCGUGUGGACAGUGGAGAUCAACUUUUAGAAUCACAUCUGGAGAAUGCACCACACAAUGCGACGUAUGUCUCAAAAACUAUCCAAAACGAGAUAAUAACAACUGUUGGCAAGUUUAUUUUGGAUGAUCUCUCGCGUGAAAUCAGAGAGAGCAAAUAUUUUGCUAUACUUGCUGAUGAAGCUGCAGAUAUUUCUAAUAAAGAAAACUUAUCCAUUUGCUUGCGAUUUGUUGAUAAAAAUCAAGCAAUUCGUGAAGAGUUUAUUGGCUUUCAUAUAUGUGAAGAAGGGACUAGCGGAUGA